AUGAUGAAGCCUCAACACGACGCUACCUUCUCACGCAUGAACAAAAUCGAUGGCUGGGGAUCUUUGGAGGCCGAGGGAAAAAUAUUAAUAAUGAUGAAGCCUCAACACGACGCUACCUUCUCACGCAUGAACAAAAUCGAUGGCUGGGGAUCUUUCGAGGCCGAGGGAAAAAUAUUCAUAAUGAUGAAGCCUCAACACGACGCUACCUUCUCACGCAUGAACAAAAUCGAUGGCUGGGGAUCUUUGGAGGCCGAGGGAAAAAUAUUAAUAAUGAUGAAGCCUCAACACGACGCUACCUUCUCACGCCUGACCAAAAUCGAUGUCUGGGGAUCUUUGGAGGCCGAGGGAAAAAUAUUCAUAAUGACGAAGCCUCAACACGACGCUACCUUCUCACGCAUGAACAAAAUCGAUGACUGGGGAUCUUUGGAGGCCGAGGGAAAAAUAUUCAUAAUGAUGAAGCCUCAACACGACGCUACCUUCUCACGCAUGAACAAAAUCGAUGGCUGGGGAUCUUUGGAGGCCGAGGGAAAAAUAUUCAUAAUGACGAAGCCUCAACACGACGCUACCUUCUCAUCGCAUGAACAAAAUCGAUGGCUGGGGAUCUUUGGAGGCCGAGGGAAAAAUAUUCAUAAUGAUGAAGCCUCAACACGACGCUACCUUCUCACGCAUGAACAAAAUCGAUGGCUGGGGAUCUUUGGAGGCCGAGGGAAAAAUAUUCAUAAUGACGAAGCCUCAACACGACGCUACCUUCUCACGCAUGAACAAAAUCGAUGA